ACGGCGUUUACCGCGGAGCAUGUUCUUUACCAUGGCUUACAGAUGUUCAUAUUCUUGUGAAUUUGAUCGCUUUGGCCUACUUUCAGUUACUUCGGCCUCCGCGCUUCUUGCCGGAAUCAAUGGCCGAUUCUCAACCGCUGCUGAAGAAUCGACAGGAAUUGCCGGACUCCAGUUGCAAAACUCCGCGCGUUAUCUCACUCGAUGUCUUUCGCGGUCUCAGCGUCUUUAUGAUGAUGUUCGUGGACUACGGUGGCUCUUUUUUACCAGUUAUCGCUCAUUCUCCAUGGAAUGGGCUUCAUUUGGCUGAUUUUGUGAUGCCUUGGUUUCUAUUUAUUGCGGGAGUCUCGCUUGCACUUGUUUAUAAAGAAGUAAAAUGUAAAGUGACUGCUACAAAGAAUGCAGCAUGCAGGGGUCUAUACCUUUUUCUUCUCGGCGUUCUUCUUCAAGGUGGUUACUUUCACGGAAUAACAUCAUUGACAUAUGGUGUUGAUAUGCAAAGGAUAAGGUGGCUUGGCAUUUUGCAGAGAAUAUCUGUUGGAUACUUGAUUGCUGCACUAUGUGAGAUCUGGCUUACUCGUUGUACACGUGAAGAAGCUCAAAAUACUAAGAGUUUCAGCUGGCAUUGGUGUAUCAUAUUUCUUCUGUUGUCAUUGUAUAUGGGACUGUUGUAUGGUUUAUAUGUUCCAGAUUGGGAAUUUAAAAUAUCAACCACGAGCUCUUCAUUUCCACCAAAUGGAAGCUAUGUAUACAUGGUGAAUUGUUCUAUUCGAGGUGAUAUGGGACCUGCUUGUAAUUCUGCUGGGAUGAUUGAUCGUUAUGUUCUUGGUAUUCACCAUUUGUAUACGAAACCUGUCUACAGAAAUCUGAAGGAGUGCAACAUUUCCUCCAGCGGUCAAGUUCCUGAGACUUCACCUUCAUGGUGUCAUGCUCCUUUUGAACCUGAGGGUCUUCUAAGCUCUUUAACAGCGACAGUGGCAUGCAUAAUAGGGCUUCAGUAUGGUCACAUUCUUGCCAAUGUACAGGAUCACAAAAGUCGCACCAAUAACUGGUUCUCGCUCUCUCUUAAGAUCUUGGUGCUCGGAAUAUUCCUCGUCUUCGUAGGUAUCCCUGUAAAUAAGUCCCUCUACACAGUCAGCUAUAUGUUGAUUACUUCAGCGUCAGCAGGAAUACUCUUUUGUGCUCUAUAUAUAUUGGUCGAUGUCCACGGCUAUCGAUGCUUGACAUGUGUUCUGGAGUGGAUGGGGAAGCAUGCUUUGAGUAUUUAUGUUUUAGUAAUCUCCAACAUACUCGUCAUUGGGAUCCAAGGAUUUUACUGGAAAUCUCCUAAAAAUAACAUCGUGCACUGGAUUCUAAGUCGUGUCAAAGCUCAAAGUUGAAAUAAUUCGAGCACCUGUUUAAAGUAUUAUGUGGAGCUGCUAACUUGCUGGGGUUAAUUUUGGAUCAUACUCGAAAUCACCCUGCAAAUAUUAACAAACAAAAAAAGUCUGGCAAGAAGAUAACAGAGCUAUUGCAAGUAAGAUCAUAAACUAAUAUGCAUAACCCCAAUGUUCCCAAGUUUUUAGUUUAGCAUAUAGAUAUGUGUCUAAGAUUUCAGACAUUUGCCUGACACCAAAACUGUAAUUGUUGUUGUAUUAUCUGUGUGAAAUUCCUGGGAUUGAGAAAUUUGUUACUCCUAAUAGAAAUUUUAAGGCAAAACUUUAUCAGCCAUCAAGUUAUUUACUUGGGAGAUUGAACAUUUGAUAGGUGUAAUGAAAUUGUCUGUAUUUGCAAGGAGAAAA